AUGGCCGACCUUUUUAUGCAAAAAUAUUUCCCGCCGGAAAAGACAGCUAAGCUUAAGAACCGUAUCAUGACAUUCAAACAGGACGAAGGAGAAUCUCUACAUGCAGCUUGGGAGAGGUUCAAAGAUCUUCUAAUCGAUGUUCCACAUCAUGGGUUUUCCAAAAGGCAACUUGUGUUGAACUUCUACCAAGGACUCAACUACAACUCACAAGAACGUUUAGAUGUAUAUGCAGGAGGCGAUCUUGGAACAAAAACACCCAAUGAAGCCUACGCAAUCAUAGAGAAAGCUACCUUGAAGUCAAGUUCUCGUCACGGUGGAGUGCGAAACAAAGCAUCAUCUAUUCCUGGAGUUCAUCAAGUGGAUACGUAUACGGCUCUAGCAGCACAAAUUGGAGCUUUGGCAGCAAGAUUUGAUCAAGCUCAGAACGUUUCGCAGGUACAAUCAUCAUGUGGGCUGUGUGGAGUGUCACACGAGCCAGGUUCAGGAAGCACUUCCCAGCCUCAAACCUCUCAAACCAACUCAAAACUAGAAGAGAUGAUGGCGCAGCUGUUAAACAACUCCAACAAUGCCAAUCAAAUGUCUGAAAAGCGAUACAAGCAGCAUGAGGAGCGUUUCAUGGCUCAGGAAGGGAAGAUGCGGAGCCAGAAGGCUUCAAUUCAAACCAUUGAGAAUCAAGUCGGCCAAUUGGCCAAAAUGUUAUCUGAAAGACCACAAGGUAGUCUUCCAGGUAACACUGAACAAAACCCAAAAGGGCACGUUAAUGCAGUAAUGACGAGGAGUGGUAAAACCACGGGACCCGACAAAUCAGACUCACCACCGAUCGCUGAUACGGUCCAAACUGACGCUUCAGACGAGGUGUACGCUAGGUGA